AUGGAAUACGCCAUGAAAUCCCUCAGCCUUCUCAGUCCCAAGUCCAUAUCCAGGUAUAUGACAGUGAGUACCUCUGUGGUGACCCAGCAGCUGCUGUCGGAGCCCAGCCCCGAGAUGGCUAGGGCCCGGCCCUACCGAGUUAGCAACGCCGCAAGGAGCGUCCGCAAGGGCAUUGUGGCCUCCAGCCUCGAGGACCUCCUUCACAAGACUAAGAACCCUAGAACAAGGUCAAGGACUGCCCGAGACACUCUGAUGCUGGCUGACAAGCCCCUUUCGCUGGUGCUAGAGGAAGAUGGUACAACUGUAGAGACGGAAGAGUAUUUCCAGGCCCUGCCAGAGGACACUGUUUUCAUGGUACUACAGAAGGGGCAGAAGUGGUGGUCGCCAUCAGAGCAGGGGGCUAGGUACAAACUCUCCCUCUCCCAGAAGCCUGCUAAGAAGAUUGAUGUGGCCUGUGUGACUUUCAACUUGUAUAAGACCAACCCACAGGACUUCAUCGGGUGCUUGAACAUGAAAGCCACCCUCUACGGCACAUACUCCCUGUCCUAUGACCUGCACUGCUGUGGGGCCAAACGUAUCAUGAAGGAAGCCCUUCGCUGGGCCCUCUUCAGCAUGCAGGCCACAGGCCAUGUGCUGCUUGGCACUUCCUGUUAUAUGCAGCAGCUCCUGGAUGCUACAGAAGAAGUGCAGAACCCCAAGGGCAAGGCUUUGUCCCUCAUCCCAACCUGUCUGAAGAUACUGCAAUGA